AUGGCUGCACCUUUAUCCAAGGACACCCCGAACUUCGAGGGGGUGUGGAAUCUCCAAGGUGUGCCUUGGGUGGUUCGCAAGAUACUAGGAUGUGCAAGUCUUUCAUUGAAUAUAUCCCAAGCCGUCUCAAGAGAAAAUCCCAACCCGGAAAGCAAGGGGACUCCAGGUUGCAAUGAACUAUCCGAGACACCGGUGACCACAUUGCACAUAAAGCAGACUGUGAGCCCCGGAAGCUUCGACAGCGAAGGAUACUACCCAAUCAACGGAGAGGAUAAGGAAUAUUCGCUGCCUGUAUUUGGAGAUAUUACAAUGAGAUUGCGAUAUGUGAAUACAUCUGAGGUUUCUGACAAGGUUCUUCGUCAGAGAUUGAGCGAGGGAAGCCCAUCAAAGACUGUGAUCGAUGAGAUCGCUCAUAACAGAACGAAAGGGUGGGAUGCGAGAGUAAUCUGGGGAUUCGAAAUUAUUGAUGGGUAUCGAUAUCUGACGCGAAAUGUCAUCACGACAAAAGACGAGAAGGCCAUCGAGUCGAGAUUGGUAUAUGACUUUCAUUGCUAG